AUGGCCGACAUCAACGCUGCUGAGAAGCAGCACAACCAUGCCGGUCACUCAUCGACUUCCGAGACCUCAACUCACGACAAGACAGGAAUUAUCCAUGAAGAGACAGCACACGAAGCGGCUGCACGCGGUCAUCUUGCGGCUGAUCAAUAUGGAAAUUCCCUUGUCCACUUCGACCCUGUUGCAGAACGAAAGUUGAGGCUAAAGAUUGAUCUUUACAUUGUCCCAACAGUCGCGUUGCUCUAUCUCUUCUGCUUCAUCGACAGGGCCAAUAUCGGCAAUGCUCGUCUGGCUGGGCUUGAGCGAGAUCUCAAGAUGGCAGGCUAUGACUAUAACAUGCUGCUGUCGGUCUUCUAUGUGUCUUACAUCGUCUUCGAAAUCCCAGGCAACAUGCUCUGCAAAUACAUCGGACCCGGCUGGUUCAUUCCAGCAAUCUCGCUCGCCUUCGGAAUCGCCUCGUUAGGCACCGCAUAUGUGAACACACUUGGGCAGGCCUGUGCUGUCCGCUUCAUUCUUGGCAUCUUCGAGGCACCCAUGCUGCCUGGUAUCGCAUACUAUCUUUCACGAUGGUACAGACGAUCAGAGCUAGCCUUCAGGUUGGCCCUCUACAUUGUCAUGGCUCCCUUGGCUGGCGCAUUCGGUGGUCUUUUGGCAAGUGGAAUCUUGACUCUAGAUCAUGUUGCUGGGGUACGCAGAUGGAGAAUGAUCUUCUUGGUCGAAGGAAUCAUCACCAUUGGCAUCAGCUUGAUCGCUUUCCUCACACUCACUGACCGUCCUGAGACAGCACGAUGGCUUACACAAGAAGAGAAGGAUCUCGCUAUCGCUCGCGUAAAGUCCGAGCGUAUCGGUCAGACUAAGGUGCUGGACGGCAUCGACACUAAGAAGACUUUACGAGGUCUCUUCUCACCUGUCACGAUCUUGACUGCUUGCAUCUUCCUUCUCAACAACGUCACCGUUCAAGGUCUGGCUUUCUUCGCUCCGACUAUCGUGAGGACAAUAUAUCCUCGAGAUACAGUCGUGUCACAGCAGCUUCACACUGUUCCUCCCUACGUGGUCGGAGCCUUCUUCACUCUCCUCUUCCCAUUCCUCGCAUGGCGCUUUGAUAAGCGAAACAUCUUCUUCAUCGUCUGUGCUCCACUAAUAAUGAUCGGAUAUAUUAUGUUCCUAGCGACAGACCGAACUCAACUCAUGGUCCGCUACGGCGCAACCUUCCUCAUCGCAUCCGGCGCCUUCGCUUUCGGUGCCCUGACCAACAGUCAAGUAUCCGCCAACCUAGUCUCAGAUACCGCUCGCGCAGCAGGUAUCGGCAUGAACGUCAUGUUCGGCAACGUCGGUGGUCUAAUCUCGACAUGGAGCUUCCUCCCAUUUGACGGACCUAACUAUCACAUCGGAAACGGUCUAAACUUUGCCACGAGCACUACUUCCAUGCUCCUCGCUAUCGUAAUCCAGUUCUACACAAAAUGGGACAACAAGAAACGCGAGAGAGUCGAUGUGAAUGCGCGACUGGCAGGUCUGGAUCCCCAGCAGGUUGAGGAUCUUGAUUGGAAGCAUCCGGGUUUCCGAUGGAGGCCAUAG